AUGUCAUGGGCUGUGCUGAAAAGACUCAAAGAGUGCAGAGAAAUUGAUGCCUCUCAAAAGGAGGUUCUGGCUGCCUGUCUGGCCAAGGGAGAGGAACAUUCAGUGUUCAAGAAGCAGCUGGGCAAAGUUAAGGAUGCUUACACCCAGGAUAGUGACACUUGGGAUGUUCGGCCUCUGGACACUCAGACCCUCGUGUCUUUUCUGAAGCUGUUUCAAGACAUGAAUCGUGAGCUGAGGGUGGCUUUGCUGGAGAGGGAACAGAGCAGUGGAGAAGCCUCACAUCAAGCAGAAACCAUAGCAAAUGAAGAGACACUGACUGCUCACUUGCUGUGCUGCAGGGAGGAGCUGAUCCAGAGCAUGACACAGCUGAGCCCCAUCACAGCGUUGGAGGCAGUAGAAGAGGGAUUCCUGACUGCCUCAGAGAAGCAGGUAGCUUUGGAUGGCUGUGAAGGCACCUCUCAGAGAGAAGCCAUGGACAAUCUGAUCAGGAAGGUGGAUGAAGAGAAAACCCUGGAAGUGAAACUUUUGGAGGCUGUGAAAGUAUCCUUCCCUGGACUUCAGCUUCUGCCUGACAACUUGGUGGCAAGAGCAAACAUCUCUGGUGGUAAAGACAGCCCAGAGGGACUGAGAUCCAGCAUCACAGGCUCCAAGGGCCAUUUCCCUGCAGCUGAGGAUCCUCUGGAUCUGGAAGAUGUCUCUGCUUCUCCAGCAGGAUAUGACCUGCAAACCUGGUGUCCAAAACUGUCUUUUAUAUUUUAGAUUGUGCAAAGGACCUUAGUUGCAUUUAAACUAUUUUCUGCAGUUUAAUCAGAAUCUACAUAUUUUGCUUCUGGGUGCUCAUAAGUCCUGGGGGGAGCCCAUUCCAGACUUUUCAUGUAGGUGCAGUUUUCCUGUCCCAUCUAACUCUAUUUUCACUCAAUACCCACCUGCUGAUGCAGGUCUGCAGCUGCAGACCCCUUAGAGGAGCUCUGGGAUGGCAUGUGCCAUCCUGCAGCAGGGGAAAAGCUGGGGCUCUUUGCUGAGUAAUGCCAAAUUUAUCAUUCCUAAGAGCCACAGAAGGGCUCUUGGGCACUAUUUGCAGCCUCUUCUCAGGCUGCUCCUUGUCAGGCUGCUCCUGGGCAACUCUUGAUGGUGUUGCUGCUGGUCUCUCUCCACGUCAUGUGGCUGCAAUGGCAGGAGUGUGCUUCUGUUACAUCUUGGCACUGGUUUGGGAUUUUCACUGAGAGAUGCAGUCCAACUACAUCUGCAGCUAUUUCUCCCAGUCUCCAGAACUAGUACCAUUGCUGUUUGCAUUACAUAAUUUCUUGCUUUGAGGCUGCUUAGCAAGGUCUAAAUUCUUCGACAGAAAUGCUGAUAUAGUGCAUGAUAAAACUUGCCAUGUGGGAUAAAUACUGCCUUUUCAGGAAUUUUGAUUUAAAAGUCUGAUUGGACUGAAUUAAUACCAAUCCUUUGCUAAGUUAUAAUGAUGUUAGCUGUUACCAUGAAAAUUAGAAAUUUGUAUACCUGGAAAAGUAUUUGCAAAUCGAUACCAUCAGAGCCACAUUUAUCACUAUGUGGCUAAUGUUUUAGUUUGUGGACAGGAAGAUUCAUAUUUGUAAGAUAUUGUGGCUCCUUAGAAAAUUCAGUAGAUCCCUCCUUGGAAAUAUUUCAGGUGGAUAUUAAUGGAACACAAUAUUAAGCCACAGCAAUUAAUGCCACUCAUAAAUCAGGCAUUCCUUUGCUCACUUGAAGGCAAACCCUGAGUGUUAUCUGCAGAAGCUAUUAAAGAAUUAGGUAUAAAUAGCUCAUGACUCUCCACUAUAAAGGCAGGCAGAAUUGUGCUGGCUUCACCUGUUUGCUUGCUUUUUACCUCACAUCUUUGAUAAAGUAGUUUUAUUGUGACUCUUUUGCCAUGAAGACACAUGUGACAGCAUUUUGGUUAGGUAUAGCUGUUUAGUGAUUCAAACAUAGUUAUUCUUCCUUACCACUUAUAAAUUGAAAUUGGACUUGAUAUUAAAACAGUUUAAAUUGAUGGACCACAAGUACAGUAAACAGUACCUCACUCCUUUAGAAUAAUCUGAAACCACGACUUUGUAGCAGUUUAGUUCCACAUGUCAGUCUUACACACCCACUAACCUAACUGAGUUACAUGUGCAAAACUCAUGGCAGUAUUAUAUAGAUCCUUGAUGUUUUAUCCCUAAAUAUUUUUCUCACCUUUAAUAGUCCAAGCUCAAAUCUAUUGUACAGACUAUCUUGAAAAGCUGUCUUACCUUCUCUGAACUGAACAGGUUUGAAGCACAUUUUGGCAAGAUAUAUACACUGUUGUCAUUUUUCUGAGUAAAGCUGGACAUGAAUAAAGCCUGGCAAACUUACACCAGAAAAGUCCUGACUAUGAAGAGAUAUUUUCAAUAAUAUUUGCACUUACCAUGAGCUAUUCUCAAAACUAAAUUAUAUGAAAUCACAACACAUUUGCCACACCUUUAUAAUCAUUCCAGUAAAUUCAUGUUGGUGCUAUUUCAGUUACAAAUUAGUUGUGUGCCUGCAUAUUGUUCAUUGAUGCUUAACUGUUUUAUGACAAAUUUUCAACAGCUUUCUUGUAACGAUGGAGUCAAAAUUAGUUAAAUUAUUUUGUAUCUGAAACUUUUAAAGGAACACUCUAAACUCUGACUUUAGUUUUGUUAAAUUUAAGUGAUGUUAAUUUUCAGUUCUGUUAUGUUUCAGUGAUGUUAAGGUUCAUUUCUGUUAAGUGUUGUGAAAUUCAAGUGAUGUUAAGUUUUAGUUUGUUCAAUUUAAGUGAUGUUAGGUUUACGUUCUGUUAAUUUGAAGUUCUGUUACAUUUAGGUUCUGCCAAGUUUAGGUUCUGUUAAUUUGAAGUUCUGUUACAUUUAGGUUCUGCCAAGUUCUGUUAAAUUUAAGUUCUGUUAAAGUUGACUUCUGUUAAGUUUAAGUGAAGUGAAGUGUCGUUCAGUUUAAGUCUGUUAUUUUAAGCUCUGUUAAGUUUAAAUUCUAUUAAAAUUAAUUUCUGUUCAGUUUCAGUAAUGUUAACUUUAAGUUUUGUUAGGGUACUUUUUGUUAUGUUUGGGUGAUGUUAGGUUUGAGUGAGGUUAAGUUUAAGAUCUGUUGAAAUAUGCUCAUUUAAAUUACAAGAUACAAUUCUCUUGUUAUAGAGAUAAAAUAGAGUUAACUGAAGCAAUUAUGAUGAAGAAUUUGGUAAGCAACUGUUUAAGAAUACAAGAUACUGAGUUGUGUAAAAAUAUGUGAGGAUGCAGUUUAUUAGAUCCUUAAUUUCAAAGAAAAUUCUAUGGGCAUAAAUGCACCACAUUGAUCAAUUAAUGUAAUUAUUCAUAACAAUCUUUGCUGGUUUAUUUUUCAUAGAUGGCACAGAGGAAUGAGUAACAAUUCCAAAUUAUGGCUGUUAUUAAUUGUCAGCUGUUUAGUGCUUUAUUUCUUGCUUUUAUUUUGCUUUAUUUUCAUAUAUGCAUAGGUGUGUGGAAAAACAUAAUCUCAACUUCUUAGGAUGGUUACUGUUGAUGUAUUAAUGAUUCUGAAUAUGUUGUUGAUGUCACAGUGUGAAUUUACUGACUUUUUAUAAUGGGCAUUAUCCACACAAUAUUAUUUGAAGUUGACACAUGUGCAUUGCUUUGGUUGUUUGGAGUUUGUUUGUGGUACCAUUGACUACUUAGCUAAGGAUGAAUGACAAAGCCAGCUGCUUUACAAACUUUCCCAUACUGUUGGUAGCUGUCUGAAGGACAUGUGUAAUUUUAAGGAUCUUUCCCACCUACUAUUGCUAGAGGCUUGUUCAUAGGAUAUGUUAGGAAGACCCUUCCAGUUAAGGCCUUUACUCUGGCCAAUUCCCAGCCCCAGCUGGUUGGAAGUAUGCCAGCAGACCCGGGUGUUUUCUGCACUAAAACUGUACUCAGGUCACUUUGACUUGCUAAUUUGGAUUUAUAGAAGCUGGACCCCCUUUUGAGGUAAAUCUAGAACCACUUUCCUGGGAAUGCUUCUCUGAGUCCUCAUUGUGAAACAGGGUUUGCCUGCUGUUGCAGACUCUAGGUGAUGGUACAGUAUUUAGGCAAUUGAUGAUGCAUCAUUCUAAAUCACGAUCCUUCUUCUUGUGUGCUAAUUAUUACAUGUAUUGUUUUGCUUAUUUUUGCUUGGUGUGAGUUUAUUGCUUUACCACAUGUAUUGCUUUACUUUUAUGUUGCCUUCAUGUUCAUAGUGGGAGACACGCAUGUUGUUAAAAAAAUAAAGAAGGGGGAAUAUGGUUCCUCAAGAACAUUUAGAUAAUGCAAUACCUACACAAGAAUUUUUGAAAGCAGAUAAUCAAUUCUGAUCCCCAGCAGAGUGAUACUGCUCUGAAGAUUUGCCUAUGCAGAACCUGUGGAGGCUGGAAAUCUGGCCAAGGAAAAGCCUGCUGCACUCCCCAGGAGGACCAGCCCCUAAGCCACAACACUCUUGGUUAUGGAGGAAGCUCAAUAAAGGCUCAACUUGGAACUCCACACGAAGAUCCCGUCUCUCCUUCUGCUUUGCCUGGAUCACAGAGGAGCUGAAAUCACCUGGUGUGAGCACAAGACAUGCCUGUGCCCCCGAGGUGUCUCUUUCAAGAUGCUUCUUCAGGAAGGUUGCAGCACUCUGAACAAUGCCCACUACAACAAAACCAAUUUCUAGAAGUUUUAGGUAAGGAUUCACAAUUGGGUGUGCAGUGGCAAGGCCUAACUGAUUUACUGACCUAGGGGAGAAGGUAGGCAUGUGUUUUUAUUGCCAACAGGUCUAAAGUGGUUACCUGCUUGUCUGGACAAACAUUAACUGCCUCUGAGGAGACGAGGCCCAGUGAGAGGAGAAAUGACCUAAUCACAAUCCAGCCCUCAUGGCCAACACAGGAACAGGGGUCGGACUGUCAAGACAUGGCUGUGUCUGGAAGCCUAAGAAGGCAGCCUGCUAACAGAGGUCUUGUGUCCCACUGCACCCACCAUCAGGUUAUUGUGUUCCUGCUGACCUUCUUUGGUUAUUCUCUGUUCCAUACUUCCAGAAAGACAUUCACUAAUGUCAAAGACAGCACUUCUAGCUAAUGGACUUCCUCCUGCCUAAACAGUACGGCCCCUGAGCUCCAGCCAUAUAAACUGUGGAACAGUAGCUGCUUAUUUCCAUUUCCUGAGGACAUUGGACACCAUAUUUUUGUUUUCCUCUGCUGUGAGUCUGUUUGUCAGUGGCAUGGUUAUAUUUUAUGGGGUUUUUAUUGAUUGUGAUCUGUAUUCCUUGUAUCUUGUCCUGUGUCCAGCAGAUGACCAGUAAUAGUCUUAAUAAGAUAAUGGCCUUACAGGUGCAGACUGUUUUAGCAUUAGGGCACAUGAACCCUUCGCACAAAAAGCAAAGGGGGAGAUGUUGUGUAUAAGUAAAACUUUAUAAAUUAAGGGCCUUGUUACCCUUGUAAAACGUGGCUCAGACCUAUUACUAUGGCUAAGUGGAAAAGGACUAUGGAAAAGUGACUCAGCUGAAUUAGCGGUAGAAAAACAAGUUGUAUAACCAUUACAUGUUCACAUUGUGGAUUAUGGUGAUUAGUUGAAUUACAUUUGUUGUGCUUAAAUGGCAUGCAACUGGUAAAGGCCUAACUGCUUAAAAAGGCCUGGUUUUGCAAUAAAGGGUUCUGUCUUGUACCUGC